AUUCGCUGUACGGCUGAGCGUUACCCAUAAUACAAACUGCGUAUGUGAGACGGUCGAUGCCUGUUGUUGUUCACCGGUGAUGGACUCGUCGUUGUUUUCACAGAAUUUCUGGGGUGAAAAACACAUUGGAUUCGAUACCCUUUGUCAAAAUUCCAAAUUAGCUUGUCGAUCCACCAGUGAUUUUGUCGAUUUCCUCAGGGAAUGUUACUCUGUUGAUGAUGCUUAUCAAAAAUCUCUCGGCAAACUGGCUAAACAAGCCGGGUCGUACAACACUGCUGGCACUAUUAAGCCAUGCUGGUCGGUGCGUAGCACAAGAACAUCAAAGUCUUAUGAGAGAUGUGCAAAAGUUUUUAGAAGAGCAGCAAAAGCGCCAGAGGUCAAUCAAAGAAAGCGAAGCAUCAACACAGGAGGUCGUUCAUGCUUUUCAGGUUUGGCCAUACUUUUUGCGUCAUCCGUACAGUUUCUGGGUUUUUUUGUUGCACCAUUUCGCCAUUUUACCAUAG